AUGACCUGGUCUAGUAGGCCCUCCUUCAUCUGUUCUGGACCUGGCUAUAGCUUUGUACCUUCUGUCUUCUGCAGCCCCCUGGGACAGCAUCAUGAUGCCAACAGCUUUCGUCAACUGCUAUGCCCAGACCCACUCUGUGAGGUGUGUAACAGAUCAACUGCUGAGAUCAGCCACCUGCUGUACAAGGAAUCUCUGGAAGAUGCUACACUUUGUGUGACCCCUUUGGCCUCCAUAGGUUCUGUGACAGAGUCAUCAUUCUAUCUCACCUCCACUCUCUCAGCAAGCCCUCCAGUAGACCUACUAUCAAGCCCUUUGCCUGAGCCUUUUCUACCUCCAUGCUCCAACUUGUUACCUAACCCAACAACCCCCUUAGUUGACUCACUUUCACCCUUACCACUGGAUGACUCUCUGCAACCAGAGCCUGUUUCUCUCUUAGAUUCCACAUUCCCAGUAGACCAUUUCCCACCCCAAUCCCUUGCUUUUCCCCCUCUCUUAGUACAUCACACUCUGAGAGAAGAUUUUGUUCUGCAGCCAGAAGCCACAUUGUCUCUGGUGGAUGGUCCUAGAGGGUUGUCUACUUAUGUCCCAGCUAUCAGAGAUCUUGACUGUUCAAGCAUGGCAAUUUCAGAAUUUUCUUGGUGGCAGGCUCAUGACAAAAAUUUGUUU